AUGAAGGAGAGUCAGUUAGAUAAUAAUUCUCAAAAGUUUGUUAUUGGAAAAAAGAAAAUCUCAAGCCAAACUCAAGAAAGUAAUUGCCGUCAACUCUUGCAGAGGAAGCAAGGCAAAAGUUACUUUUUGUAUAAGUAAAAACUCUACCAAUAAAUGCUCAGAAAUUCCAAUGUUGCAAGCAGAGUAUCAAAAAGUAGAUUGCAGAGAUAGAGAAAUACCAAUAAUAUUGCAGAUCCCUUAGUUCCUCAAUCAGUUUAGUCUGAUUCUGUUGAAAUAAUGUUGGCUAGAAACCGCAAGUUGAAACUCAACUUAGAAAGUAUUUGUGUAGAAAUUAGAUCUCAAAUUCUUGAUACAAAAUGUAAUGGAGUAACUAAACUAAGAAAAGUGCUAAUGACAAAGGAUCCCCCAAUCUAUCAGAUUAUUGAUUGCUUGAUAAUUAAGGAGCUUUUAACUAUCCUCAGUUAAACAUUCAUAAGCUAGUAAACUAAGAUUGAUAUUACUUGGAUUUUCACAAAUCUUUCUUCAGGCACCUAUGACUAGGUCAUGAGUUUAUUUAAUCAUGGUGUAAUAAAUGCUCUCAUCCAUGUUCUUUCCAACUAAAGUAACUUAUCUAGCAUUUCACACAUAUUUCUAGACAAUUCAGAUGAGCUCCUCAUGCAAACUCAAUGGGCAUUAUCCAAUAUUAUACUGGGAAAUAGUUAAACCAGAGACUAUGCAAUAGACCUUGGAGUUGUACCAUUAGCUGUGGCCAUUUUAGGCUAAAGUCAAAGAAGCUUUAUCACUCACAGAGAAGCUGUAUUCUUACUUUGUAAUUUAGUUAGAGCAAAGCAACUGCCUCCUUUCCCCAAGAUACAAAUGAUCCUUACUUCAUUUUGCUACAAACUCAAACAUUUGAAUUUUAAUGCUGUUGAACAAGAUCAAGGAAAAUGUUAAGAAUAAAUUGAGGUUAUUAUUAACAUGCUUGACUUUAUAGCUAUAAUCUAGAGUCAAUACCAUGAAUAUGUUGAAAUACAAAUCUAAAAAUCUAACUUUCAUCUUGAACUAGUGGCAAUGAUGCAAACCUCUGUUUCCUCUAUUAUGUUGUAUGUAUCAGACAUCGUCGGUAACUUAUGCAUGAUCUCAGACUAAGUAGCUGUGAAAUUUAUAAAAAGCAAUAUUAUUGAAGUUAUUGUUGAAAGGUUAUUAAGGCAUGAUUAUUCCCCUUCAGAGAUCCAAGUAAAAACUAAGUUAUUCUGGAUACUACAAAAUCUAAAAUAAAGAUAAAUUGAUGUAUUCCUGAUCUUAAUCGAGAUGAAAUUCAUAAAAGAAUUGACAUUGAUUUAUAAUAAUAGUGACUAUGCUACCAAAUUUGAGCUUAUCUACAUGGUUGCAUUCUACUUAAGAAGAAUUAAAUAUAGACAGCUUCUCCUCGCUAUUGAAUAAGAUUUAAUGAAAUUCCUGGUAAAUUGUCUCAGAUUAUAAGAUGUUUAAGGACAGAUAAUUCAACUUACCUUGAUUUCACUGUCAAGAAUCUUUAAAAAAACUAAAAAUCACACUAAAUCAUUAGACAAUGAUAUUGUUAGGCUGUUUGAAUAAUAUGGAGGGAUUGACCUUGUAGAAAGCUUGCAACUACACAAUUCAGAAGAUGUAUAUGAGAGUGCAUUCUUCAUACUAAAUACAUACUUUGAAAUUGAAAGAAAAGUAUGA